AUGGUGGGAUCCAGCGACGUGCCAAUGAGCACAAACGAAGUGGGAACUACUUUAAAGAAUGCGCCCGCAUAUACCCCGAGGAGGCUCCGUGUCGUAACAAUCGGGGCAGGGUAUUCGGGGCUUACACUUGCCCACAAGUUUCAACAUCAGCAUCCUGAAUUGCAGGGCAUCAUAGACCAUACCAUCUACGAAUCGAGGAGCGAGCUUGGGGGCACAUGGCUGGUUAACACGUAUCCAGGGGUGGUUUGCGACGUCCCAUCACACAUAUAUGCCUUCCCCUUCGAUCCUAAUCCUGACUGGACUCGCUUUUUUUCCACUGGCCCGGAGAUAUGGGCGUACAUGAAGAAAACGGCUCAAAAGUGGGAUCUCGAACGUCAUGUUAAAUACGAUCAUCGCGUUGUCGGUGCAUAUUGGCAGGAAGAUCGAGGGGCAUGGAAGGUUAUGGUCGAACAUGGUGGCAUAGUCGUAGAAGAUUUUGCGGAUAUUCUUAUAUCAGCCCAGGGCUUUUUGAACUCAUGGACAUGGCCCUCGAUUCCUGGCCUGCAAGAGUUUAAGGGUAAAAAGGUCCACUCGGCAAAUUGGGACCACGAGCAUGACUACAGUAACAAGCGGAUUGCAGUCAUUGGAAAUGGAUCAUCUGGAAUCCAAAUAUUGCCUCAAAUGGCAAAACUGGAGGGAACACACGUCACCAGCUUCCAGAGAGGCCCAACAUGGGUUGUGAGCACAAUGAGCCCUGCUUCUCUACUUGGAAAAGACGACUCUGCCAAUAAUCCAGAGUAUACGGAUGAGGAGAAGAGGAAUUUUCGAGAGAACCCUGCACAUCACAAUAAGUACAGGAAACAGAUCAUUCACAAGAUCAAUGACAGCUUCAAAAUGUUUGUGAAAAAUUCGCAACUGAACUUGGAUGUCCUCCAUCUAGCGCAGACGCAAAUGGCUGAAAAGCUGAAUCACGAUACCGAGCUAUGCGAAAAAUUGAUUCCAAAGUUCGAAGUUGGUUGUCGACGAAUUACGCCUGGAGAAGGUUAUUUGGAAUCCUUUUUGAGGCCGAAUGUUGACCUGACCCAAAGCCCAAUCACCAAGGUCACUGACAGCGGUAUUCAAACUGCCGAUGGAAAAUUCCAUGAGGUUGACAUCAUCGUGUGCGCAACGGGCUUCGACGUCUCUUACCGUCCUCGAUACCCCAUUGUUGGACGUAACAAAGCCGACCUAGGCGAAAUGUGGACAAAGGAACCAAGAUCAUAUCUAUCCCUCGCAAGUGCAAAUAUGCCAAACUACUUCAUGUUCACAGGACCGAACGCCCUUAUUGGCCACGGCUCCCUCAUGGAAAGUUUGGGUUGGAGCGCUGAGUACAUGAUUAAGUGGAUCAAGAAGAUCGCAUUUGAAGACAUCAAAGCUAUUGCACCUAAGGAGAGUGCAAUAGAACAAUUCAUCAACUACUCUGACCAGAUUCACAACACCUUGACGUGGACAGGGUCUUGUCGAAGCUGGUACAAGAACAACACUGUGGAUGGAAGGGUGACGGCAACCUUCGCCGGGAGCGCACUUUUGUUCAAGCGGUUGAUCGAGGACUUGCGUCCGGAAGAUUUUGACAUAGAUUUCAGAAGCUGUAAUCGCUUCCGGUUUCUGGGGAGUGGAUUUGUUGGAUACGAAUUGCAGGAAGGGAAUGAUCUGGCGUGGUAUGUUGAUAGAUAG